UUCAGAACUUGGCUAGAUGAAUGAAAUGUGACUUUGCCGGCAAAACUGUGAGAUACAGAUUGGCCUGUUCAAGAACCCUGCAAGAUGGCCACAGAUAGCCGGCGAUCCACGGCUGCUCAGUUCUUCAUGGAGGAAGACGCAGCCGCCGGAGAUUUAGUUUCCACUUAUGAUAAAGUGGUUGAGCUGCUGAAUGAGGCAUCAUUGCUUCAGAUGAGAGACACUCAGAAAAUUAACAAACUCAAACAGGUUCAACAACUUAUUAUUCAUGAGGACCCAACAUUACUGGAUAACUUUCUAGAUGAGAUGUUGGUGUUCCAGUCUGACAAGUCGGUGGAUGUGAAGAGAUUUGUCAUUGGCUUUAUGGAGGAGGCCUGUAAAAAGGACAAUGAGAUCCUGCCCAAGGUGGUGCCCAUUUUGAACAUGUUGCUGUUUGAGGAAAACGUGAAUGUUCAGAAAAGAACUAUGUUAUGUCUGGGGCAGCUAUUCAAGGUCAUAGUGCAGUGGAUAGCUAAGGCCAAGAAGGUAACAGACAUGAUGCGCCAAAUCUGGGAGAUGAUUAACCAACUGAAGACAAAAAUUAUAUCAAAUUUGGAAUCUGAAAAUGAUGGAAUAAGGACUCAUGCUAUUAAGUUCAUGGAGUGCAUUACCCUUGUGUUGACAAAGAAGACCCCCGACUCUGAGGCUGCAAAGAAUGUGCCUGUAAUCUUCUCACUGGACCAGAUCCCUGAAGAACAAAAAUUCUUCAAAGUGAAAAAGCUUGAGGAAGAGGGAAAAAAUCAUGUUGAUACAUUGUUACAGUUUCUAGCUUCAGCCCAUAUAUCAAGCAUCAAUCUUAUGACAGUGAUGGGUGCUCUGACUGCUAUAGCCAAGCAAAGGCCAAUGUUUUUCUCAAGGGUUGUACAGGCCUUUGAGGCUCUACAUGUAAACCUACCUCCAACCCUGGCCACAUCUCAGGUCAGCAGUGUGAGGAAAAACCUCAAGAUGCAGAUGUUAGCUUUACUGAGACACCCCAGCUCAGCAGACUACAUCUCCCAGAUCACUACACUCCUGACAGACUUAGGGGCCACUCAGUCAGAGGUGAUGAAAGCUAUGCCCAAGCUGGAUGAAAGCAAGAAAAGGAAGAGUGCAGAUGAUGAGCCAAGGAGCAGUAAAAAGAUAAAGAGAGAGGAGAUAGAUGCAGAUGAUGAUGAUAUUGGGAUGACGCCCAUGGUGAGUCGGCCUGAGAAACCACCCACUGUUGACCAGAGAACCACUGCCAUUGAUAUCACCGCCGAGGAUAUCCGCCCAAAAUUCACCAAUGAAAAUGUAGCAGACCUUGUACUCAUUAGUAUGGUAAUGUUGCCAGAUGCAAUGCCUCCCCACUUCCAGGCCACCUAUACCCCCAUAGCCGCCGCGGGAACGGAGGCUCAGAUCAAACACAUGUCUCGCCUGCUGGCCACACAACUCACCAUGGCAGGAAUGGGCAGUGGGAUAGCAGAGGUGCAGAGGAGAGCUGCAGAGAGUAAGGAAGACGAUGAUGGAGGGACUUCCCCUAACCUGGAGGAUUCUGGCACAUCCCCCAAACAGCUCAUCCAAACUGUUGUGGGUGGAUCUGUGAGUCAGAUGGCAGGUAAUCUGAUGGACAUGAAGAAACCUGGCUUACCUAUACCUGCUCAGCCGAGGAAGGGUAUAAAACAGUUUAAGCUGGCCAAUGUGACCAACACGUUAGAUCGCGAUCAGGUGGACCAGAUGAUGAUCUCAGCAUUGAAGAGGAUUCUGGCUGCAGAGAAGGCAGCAAUUCAAGGCAAUGCUCUGGUUCCUAGGACAAAAAUCCUGGCCUCGCUGGUGGCACAUAUUGGAGGAGAGCUAAAACACUUGUUACAAGACUUCAUAUUUGAGGACUUACGUGCCCGCUCUGAUCUUGCCUUCGCCUGGCUGUACCAAGAGUAUGCUAAUGGCAGAGGUUACAAUACAACAGUGCCCAGUGAUAAACUGACACUGGCCAGCUACGAUGAAUGUCUGACCAGGCUACUCAAUGGCCUGCUCGAGCGACCAGAUCAUAAAGAAGGGUUAUUUUCCCGGCUGCUUUUGGAGGCACCAGCAAUCACAGAUAAUGCUGUACAGAUCAUGAAAAAAUUUUGCAUGGAUGAGACUCGUAUUACUCAGGGAAUGAGUAUAAUUAAGGAAUUGAUUGAGAAGCGACCCAGUCAGAAAGUGCGCUUCUUACAUGUGCUACUAGACUUCACCUCCAAUGAUAAACCUGAAGUGAGAAAUCAUGCUUUACGGGUGGUGAAGAAACUACAAGAUGUCCCUGACCUGAAGGAUGCAAUGGAGAAAUAUGCCCUAAUACAGCUGAAGUAUCUAUUACACAAAUCACCUCCUCCAAUACUGUUCCCUGGCAUCAAAAACAAAGAUGCCCCUAAGGUCUGGGCCGAGGAUAGCAUCAAACUCUGCUUGUACCUGUAUCUUGGACUGUUACCUAUCAAUCACAAACUGAUGCAUGAGUUAGCCACUGUGUACACUGCUGCCACAGCUGACAUCAAGAGGUGCAUCUUAAGAGUGUUGGAAAACCCGGUGAAAGGGAUGGGGAUGCAGUCACCUGAGCUGUUACUGUUUGUGGAGAACUGUCCUAAAGGAGCAGAGACCCUGGUUACUAGGGUGAUUCACAUCCUCACUGAUAAGGCGGCCCCGUCUCCAGAGCUUGUGGAGCGAGUCAGAGAUCUUUAUCACAAACGUGUGCCUGAUGUCCGUUUCCUCAUACCAGUCCUCACUGGAUUACAAAAGAAAGAAGUCACCAAUGCCUUGCCUAAGCUGAUCAAGCUAAAUCCUGUGGUCGUCAAGGAAGUGUUCAACCGAUUACUUGGAGGCCAUGGUGGAGAAAGCGGGACCUAUACUUCACCCCUGUCCCCAGCUGAGCUGCUGAUUGCUUUACAUAACAUUGACCCAGCCAAAUGUGAUAUGAAGACAAUUAUCAAAGCAACUAACAUGUGUUUUGGGGAGAAGAAAGUGUACACACAGGAGACCCUGGCAGUGGUCCUUCAGCAGUUGAUGGACCAGACCCCGCUCCCCACCCUCCUGAUGAGGACGGUCAUACAGUCUCUAUCCAUGUACCCUCGUCUCAUCGGCUUCGUCAUGAAUAUCCUCCUGAGGCUCAUCACUAAACAGGUGUGGAAACAGAAGAAAGUAUGGGAAGGAUUUAUCCGAUGUUGUCAGAGGACAAAGCCGCAGUCCUUCCAAGUCCUGCUACAGUUACCUCCCCCUCAGCUGAAGAAUGUGUUUGAAGUUUCUCCAGAGUUGAGGGAACCACUAUUAAACCAUGUACUCUCCUUUACACCACAUCAAAGAGCUCACAUUCACAAGACCAUCAUGACUGUACUGGAGACGGACCCAGAGGAAGAACGCCGGGCCACAGAGGCCAAGGCUAAGGCUGAGACAGAACAGAGGGAGAAGGCUGAAAAGGAGAGACAACUCAAGCUACAAAGGGAAGAAGAGGAAAAGAGACGAUUGGCGCAGGAGAAAUUGCAGAAAAAGCUGGAUGAGGAAAGGGCAGAGAUGCAGCGAGUUGCCCGACAGAAUGCUGCCAGGGAGCUGGCAUCAGAUGUCAAAUUUGACCAAGUGAUGUCUGAACCAAUGGAAGUUGGUGAAUCCAUUGAGGCUGAAAGUAAGAAUAGGCCGUCUGUAAUUCCAGUGAAUUUGUCCACAGUCAAGGUAGAACUUGAAGAUUCAGGUUCACAGCAGCUGGAAUCUGAAGCUGAAGCCAAAUCAGCUGCAAAGAAAAAGGCUGAAGCAGAGGCAGCUGCACAGAAAAAGGCUGAGGCUGAAAAAGUGGCAAAGAAAAAGGCUGAAGCAGAGGCAGCUGCCAAGGAAAAGGCCAAAGCCGAGGCAGCUGCAAAAGAAAAGGCCACAGCUGAAGCAGCUGCAAAGAAAAAGGCAGAAGCUGAUGAAGCAGCAAAGGAAAAGGCUGAUGUAGAAGCUAGAAUAAAGGAAGAACUUGCAGCUGCAGAAAAACAGCAAGCUGAACUUAGAGCCAAAGAGGAGCAGGCUGCAAAAUCAGGAGAUGAUAGGGAGAAAGGAGGCAGUACUUUAGAGGAGGAAGAAGGGGACAUGGAGUUUGUGGUUAUGUCUGAGGUGGAAGAUGUGGGUUCUCAGGAGAAGGAAGAAGGGCAGGUUAGCUCUCAGGAAGAGGACAGUCCGGCAGAUGUCAAGGAAUCUGGGAAAAAAACGACAAGAGGGCGUGGACGGGGAAAGGCCAAGGCCACAGUUGGUUCACGGAAAAGUUCACGCACAAAGAAGUGAAUGAAGAAAACACUUCUUGUAGCUACUGGUUAACCACAAAAGUUGGAUUGGUGAUCCUUUGGAACAUUGGCAGCGUUUAUGGGAAACCCUCAGUCUGCUCCAGCAGAUGACAGCUGAGCAUGAUAUUCCCUUUUCUUUUUCCUUUUUCUUUUUCCUUUGCGUGAAUAGGUACAUUGGACAAAAACUAACACAUGUGGUUCCUGUAUUUUUCCUGUGUUCAUUUCAUUUGCCUUUUGAAUGUUGAGACGUUUUUUUUACCAAAGUGAACAUGACACCAAGCAUUCCUUAAAUGAAGACUGUAUACAUAGAUAUUUUACAUGUAUGUAUGUGUUGUCAGAGACGAUGAUGGUUGCCGUUGUCAGGAAAAUGGAGUCAUUGUGUGGGAGUUAGAAUAUUUGUGUGUAAAAAUGCUUGAGAUAAACACUGGAACUGCAAAACUUGUGUGAAAGAUUGUGCACUGGAAAUUUUCAUUUGAAUGUUUCAUCUAUUUUCUCAUAACCAUGAUCACAGUGUAGAGAUGUGUAAAUAACCAACAGAAUAAACAGUGUGCAUCAUAAAAAUACCCUUAUUAAGGUCCGGUACAUGCACUUAUAUGGAGAAAAAGGUGUGCAAGGUACCUGGUGCAGGGCACACAAGUUUACCCUGAUCACGAUCCUGACAACUAUCGUGUAAGUUCAAAAAUUGAAGGCAUAUAUAGCAUCAAAAAAUAUUCACAAAUACAUAUCGAGAGAUCCUUUUUUUUUUAAACAAGUCUCUGAACACUGUAACAUUUGAAUCAUUUGAACUUUAUUCAAAAUCCUGAAAACCAUGCUGCAAUAUAUAGACCUACAAAGAUCUUAAUUUCAAUUACAGUCUAUUUCUUUAUAAGUGAUGUUUCUUUAUUAGUGAUGUUUCUGUAUUAUGUUGUCAGUUUCUCUUUCAAAAUGGGGAAGAAGUUUAUUUACAGUAAAGGACAUCAAAUGUAGUUUUUUGCUGUCAGUUUGUGCUCCAAGUCUCUGCAUGUCCAAAAGUAGUGCUGUGCAGUUCAGUAAUAAUUCUCCCUUGAGGUUGUUGAAGAACCAUAAGCCAAUGUCCAGAUUUUAUUAAUUUAUAUUGGAAAGGAAGUGCUGAGUGACAAAAUAUCUUAAAUAUUAAUAAAAAGCAUUAUUAGUGAUUAAAUAAUUACACAAUAAUUAAAAAAUCCUGAAAUCUGUUUUACUUCAUUUAUGGAAGUAUGUCAUUAAAUUAACAUUUUCUACGGAAUUGUUGAUGGCUUGAGCACAGAAAGACUUCACGAGUUCUUUGUACAACUUUAGAAAUGGUCCUUUUCUUCAGGUCUGUAUACAAUGGCCCACUUUAAAGUGAAAGAAAACAAAAAAUAAAGUGAUCUUUAGCCGAAAGA